AUGUCCAAGAAGGGCACCAGCAGCCGAGCUAGGGGGGAGAAGCUGGACGCCUUGGCUGCCUUGCAGGCUGCCAAUGAAGAGCUCAGGGCCAAGCUCACCGACAUCCAGAUAGAGCUCCAGCAAGAAAAGAGUAAGGUCAGCAAGUUAGAAAGAGAGAAAAAUCAGGAAGUUAAGCAGAUCAAAGAGCACGAACAGCAUAAAAGUACAGUGGUGGUAACAGAGCUCAAAGUCAAACUUCAUGAAGAGAAAAUGAAGGAGCUCCAAGCUGUUCGAGAAGCACUUUUGAGACAGCAUGAAGCUGAACUACUUAGAGUAAUAAAAAUUAAAGAUAAUGAAAUCCAGAGACUGCAGACCCUUCUCAGUGCUGUACGUGAUGGGGCUCCUGACAAAGUGAAAACAGUGCUGCUCACAGAGGCAAAGGAGGAGGCCAAGAAGGGGUUUGAAGUUGAGAAAAUAAAAAUGCAGCAAGAAAUUUCAGAGCUGAAGGGGGCUAAGAAACAAGUGGAAGAGGCUUUAACUAUGGUCAUCCAAGCUGACAAAAUUAAAGCAGCGGAGAUAAGGAGUGUGUAUCACCUGCAUCAAGAGGAAAUCAGCAGAAUUAAGAGGGAGUGUGAGAGAGAAAUUCGUAGACUGAUGGAGGAGAUUAAAUUUAAAGACAGAGCAGUCUACGUGCUGGAGAGAGAGUUAGGGGUUCAAGCCGGGCAUGCUCAGAGACUGCAGCUCCAAAAGGAGGCUUUAGAUGAACAACUUUCCCAGAUCAAAGAGUCUGAUCGGCAUCUGAGCAGCCCCAAGCGGGAACUUCCUUAUGCAAGUGGUGCAGGAGACGCUUCAGAUCAUUCGGGAAGCCCCGAACAGCAGUUGGAUGAAAAGGAUGCCCGGCGUUUCCAACUUAAAAUCGCUGAGCUGAGCGCCAUCAUCAGGAAGCUGGAGGACCGGAAUGCGCUGCUGUCGGAGGAGAGAAAUGAGCUGUUAAAACGUCUUAGAGAAGCUGAAAGUCAGUAUAAGCCCAUUUUGGACAAAAAUAAACGCCUUAGUAGGAAGAAUGAAGAAUUGUCACAUGCCUUACGUCGAAUGGAAAAUAAAUUAAAAUUUGUAACACAAGAAAAUAUAGCAAUGAGGCAAAGAGCUGGAACAAUAAGGAGACCGAGCUCUUUAAAUGACCUUGACCAUAGCCAGGAAGAAAGAGAAGUUGAUUUCCUGAGACUACAAGUUAUUGAACAGCAAAAUAUCAUUGAUGAACUCUCCAAGACACUGGAAACUGCUGGCUAUGUGAAGAGUGUCAUGGAACGUGAUAAGCUGUUAAGGUAUAGGAAGCAAAGGAAAAAAAUGACAAGAAUUCCUAAGAAGCCGGUUGUGGAGACGUUUUUUGGCUACGAUGAAGAAGCUUCCUUGGAGUCUGAUGGUUCCUCUAUCUCAUAUCAAACUGACCGGACAGAUCAAACCCCUUGCACUCCUGAAGAUGACUUGGAAGAGGGCAUGGCCAAGGAAGAGACAGAACUGCGGUUUCGGCAGCUGACAAUGGAGUACCAGGCUCUGCAACGAGCAUACGCCCUAUUGCAAGAACAGGUCGGAGGAACAUUGGAUGCAGAACGAGAAGUUAAGACACGUGAGCAGCUCCAAGCAGAAAUACACCGAUCUCAGGCUCAGAUAGAAGACCUGGAGAAGGCCCUUGCUGAGCAGGGGCAGGAUAUGAAGUGGAUUGAGGAGAAGCAAGCAUUGUAUAGAAGAAAUCAAGAACUGGUAGAAAAGAUAAAACAAAUGGAAGCUGAGGAAGCUCGCUUACAACAUGAUGUCCAGGAUGUUAAGGAUCAAAACGAGCUCCUGGAGUUCAGGAUCUUGGAGCUUGAAGAGAGAGAAAGACGAUCACCUGCCAUCAACUUCCAUCACGGUCCUUUUACAGAGGGGAAAAGCCCUCUCCAAGUCUACUGCGAGGCAGAAGGUGUAACAGACAUAGUAGUAGCAGAGCUGAUGAAAAAAUUGGACAUUUUAGGGGAUAACGCCAAUCUGACCAACGAAGAGCAAGUAGUUGUCAUACAAGCAAGGACAGUUCUCACAUUGGCUGAAAAGUGGCUACAGCAGAUAGAGGUGACAGAGUCUGUGCUGCAGCAGAAGAUGCUGGAUCUUGAGAAUGAAAAGGAGCUGUUCAGCAAGCAAAAGGGCUACCUGGAUGAUGAGCUCGACUUCAGGAAACAGUCCUUGGACCAAGCUCACAAGCAAAUUCUGGAAUUAGAAGCCAUGCUCUAUGAUGCCCUGCAGCAAGAAGCUGGAGCCAAAAUUUCCGAACUUCUUUCAGAAGAGGAGAAAGAGAAACUGAAGAGCGCCGUAGAGCAAUGGAAGCGGCAGGUGAUGAGUGAGCUCCGGGAGAGGGAUGCCCAAAUCCUGCGAGAAAGGAUGGAGCUCAUUCAACAUGCACAGCAGAGAAUUAAAGAGCUAGAAGAAAGAAUUGAAGGCCAAAAAAGACAAAUAAAAGAGUUAGAGGAAAAGUUUUUAUUUUUGUUUUUAUUUUUCUCUUUAGCUUUCAUUCUUUGGUCAUAG